AAAAUACUUGAGUAGGAUAUCUUACGAGAUCAUGACUACUUUGUAAAAUGUAAGUCUAUAUAAGCUGAAGUGCAUUGCCAAUUCAAUUCAAGCAACAGCUUGCUUAUCCACACUACUCUAACUACACUGAAGAGAUUUUCCAAUUCAGUAUGGCCAUUAGCAAAUGCCUUUUGGUUCCAUUUCUGAUUGUACUAGUUUCAGGAUUGGCUAAGAGCUUUGAAUUCGAUGAGGAGGAGUUAGCGACAGAUGGAAGUCUAUGGAAGCUCUAUGAAAGGUGGAGUCACCACCAUGCAAUCUCCAGGGAACUAAAGGAGAAGCAUAAACGUUACAACGUGUUUAAAGAGAAUGCGAACCAUGUGCUCACAGUGAAUCAAAUGAACAAACCAUACAAGUUGAAGCUGAACAAAUUCGCGGAUAUGUCCAAUUAUGAGUUUGUGAACCUGUAUGCUCGCUCUAAUAUUACCCACUACAGGAGGUUACAUGGCAAGAGAAGAGAAGGUGCCAGUGGAUUCAUGUAUGAAAAGGCUACGGAUCUUCCAUCGUUCAUUGAUUGGAGGGAAAGAGGAGCUGUCAGUGACAUCAAGGAUCAAGGCAGAUGUGGUAGCUGUUGGGCGUUUUCGGCUGUGGCUGCAGUUGAAGGGAUCAACCAAAUCAAAACCAACCAACUAUUGUCUCUAUCAGAGCAGGAGCUACUCGACUGCAACACAAGAAACAGAGGCUGCUAUGGAGGAUUCAUGGAAACCGCUUAUAAUUUCAUAAGGCGAAAUGGAGGAAUCGCCAGCGAGAACAACUAUCCCUACCGUGGCGCAAGAGGAUCCUGCCGCUCAUCUAGAAUGCCUUCGCCAAUAGUGACAAUAGAUGGAUUCGAAAGCGUACCUGAAAACGAGAAUGCUCUGAUGCAAGCCGUCGCAAACCAACCAGUGUCAGUCUCCAUCGAGGCCCUAGGGAGAGAUUUCCAAUUCUACUGGCAGGGAGUGUUCGAUGGAGAUUGUGGAACAGAGCUUAAUCACGGAGUGGUGGUGAUCGGCUAUGGAACAACCGACGACGGAACAGACUACUGGAGUGUGAGGAACUCAUGGGGCGUUGGAUGGGGAGAGGAUGGUUACAUAAGGAUGAAACGUGGGGUGGAAGAUCCUGAAGGUCUGUGUGGAAUUGUGAUGGAAGCCUCUUACCCCCUCAAGUUUUAAAUUACUGUUGUCUUCAUUAUAUAAUCCUUUUCAGUCUUUGCUUGAUUCCCAAUGUACUGAUUACAAAAUCAGAAUAACUUUAAUCCAAUGCGCCUUGGGUUGG